AUGACGUUCGAUGGGGAAGUCAAGACGGACGUGAAUAAGAUCGAGGAGUUCUUGGAGGAGUGCCUGGCCCCCCCGAGUCUGCCCACCGAGGUGGGGGCCGACGGCGCGGAGGACGUGGCCGCGUCCAGCAGGAAGUUCCUGGACGGGGACGAGCUCACGCUGGCCGACUGCAACCUGCUCCCCAAGCUGCACAUCAUCAAGGUCGUGGCCAAGCGGUACCGAGACUUUGAAUUUCCCUCUGAAAUGACGGGCAUCUCGAGGUACCUGAGAAACGCCUACGCCCGGGACGAGUUCACCAACACGUGCCCAGCCGACCGGGAGAUCGAGCUCGCCUACUCGGAUGUGGCCAAGAGGAUGAAGUGAAGGGGGGCCUGGCGCGGCCCGGCCGGCGCGGCUCUGGACGGUGCCCUCUGCGUCUCCCGCAAUAGCCACCCUUCGCCGGAGAGCGCCCCUUUUCUUUAGUAACGCCCCAGGCUGACCCACCAAAUGGCACGGGGCUGUCACGUCCCCUCCCGCGUGCCUCUGAGCAGCACCGGUGCCGCCUGCUGUCCCCCCGACUUCGUUCCUCUUUGUCGCCGCCUCUGACGGUCACAGGCGUCGGGGUGUUCCGGGCGCGUGCUUUGCAGUUUAAGUUCCAAAGCAAAUCAGGUCUGGGCUCGGUGCCUCCUUUAAGGAGAGCGGCGUCUGCCUCCGAUAGUCUCAAGUCGCCAGCCUGCUUUUCUCUCUAAUAGUAUUUUAACUUUUCUCAGAAUGAAGCUGCUGUUUUUGUAAUUACCCAAUAACAGGUGCCGAUUUUAACAUUUUAACACAAUGUCAGAGAGUAGAGAUAGAAG